AUGACAAUAGGCACCACUACCUUCACCACGCCCGCCGCGGCUUCGGGCUCUGACCUUCAUUCCACCAUCAGUUCCACCGGUCCCGGUUGGGCUGCCACCUCCACCUCGUCGCUCUCCUCCAUCACCGACUACUCAACCUUCCCCCUGAUCCGCCAGGGUGACCGUACCUACCUCAGAGACCCUGAAAACUUAUACCCUCUACCAUGCGACCUGCCCGAGAUUCAUCGCCAGACCCUGCGCUCCCUCAUGCUGAUUCGCGUUUUCGGUGGUCCCUUCUGUAACCCUCACCUCGCCGAUAAUCCCCCUAAGCGGGUCCUCGAACUCGCCUGCGGUUCGGGCCUGGGCUCCAGCCAGUGCCAUGAUUUCUUCGCCCGUCGCGGUCACCCCAAUGUUUCCUUCACCGGUAUCGACCUCGUCUCCGUCGCCCCCGACUUGCGCAAAAAAGGGGUGAAUUGGCAGUUCAAGCGACAUGACCUUCGCAAGCCCCGUCUCCCCUUUCCCGACGAUUACUUCGAUUUUGUCUUUAUAAAGGAUGCGGGAAUGUGUCCCUCCAGUCCGGCGCAACAAGCGUCCGGCUUGAGCGAACCUCUUCGGGUGCUCAAAUCGGGGGGUGUCCUGGAGGUCUGGGAUUCCGACUGGGUAUUCCGAUCGCUGCUCCCAAACCCUGCGCCCGCUCGUAAGCUAGCAUCGAGGGAGCAAGAAAUUGCCGAUUCGACCGCGACAUAUACCUUUUCGGCCGCGACCCCGUUCACGAGAGCACAGAACAAGUUCUUGCAGGAUUACAAUUCUUGGGUUGAGACGGCGUUUGACCGUCGCAAACUGUCUGCUUUGCCGUGCGCCACCAUCGGACUGUCUUUCAAUUCUGAAGUCGAUCUUCUGGAGAACGUUGACAGCCGCCGGAUUGCCAUCCCGCUCGGGGAGAUACGGUGGGAACGCGAGGGUCAAGGCAGGGAUACCGGGCGGACCCGCAAGCCCUUGACUACAGAGCAGCUCUCGAUUCGGCGCACGGCUCUUAUCACAGUGAUCCAGAUGAUUGAGGGCAUGGAGCCCAUGCUGAUGGAAGCCAGUGGGAAGAGUCGAGAUGAAUGGGACCGAUGGUGGGCAGCAAUGACAGCUGACCUGUUCCAGAAAGGAGGCAUCGCAGGCGGAGAAUGCCUGGAGGUGAGUGCCUGGUGGGGUCGAAAGAGAUGA